AUGAGGGAGACAAUCAGCAUAAGAGGCGCGAGGGAGAACAAUCUACAAGACAUAAACAUCGAAAUCCCCCGAAAUAAACUGGUGGUUGUGACGGGCAUUAGCGGCUCUGGGAAAUCGUCGCUUGCGUUUGAAACGGUUUAUGCCGAAGGGCAGCGUCGUUUCUUGGAGUCAAUGUCUACCUAUGCCAAACGCUUUGUGGCACAGUUAAAGAAACCGGAUGUCGAUUUCGUUGAUGGAUUGUCCCCUGUUGUUUCAAUCGAACAGAAAACAAUUACCAUGAACCCGCGCUCGACUGUGGGUACGAUGACCGAUCUCUACGAUUAUAUGCGGAUGUUAUUUGCUACGAUUGGGGCCUCCCACUGCCCUUAUUGCAGCGUCGAAAUCCCAACCCGAACCCCCUAUCAGUUAAUCGAGCAUAUACUCUCGUUACCUGAAGGGACUGAAGUCGAGAUCUACGCACCGGUCUUCAAGAUCUACGGCGAAGAUUAUCCCUACCUCUUUGAUGAUGUCCGUUUGAAGGGGUGCCGCAGGGUUCGGAUUAAUGGGGAUUUGCAUGACCUUAGUGAAGAGAUUGAGCUAGACGAACAGGUGGAAUACAACAUUCAAGCCAUCAUCGACAGGUUUGUUAUCAAGCCAGAUAUUGACAAACAGAUUCUUGCCGCCCUCGACCACGCUAUGCUCGUUGGUGAAGGAUUUAUGAGUUUCCAUAUCCUGAGUCCCGAUAUAACCGAUAAAGACAUCAAUGCUUUCUACAAAGAUUUUGGCUGCCCUGAACAUCGUGUGGUUAUGGGCGAGUUGGGACCUCAUCACUUCACCUUCAACGAGCCGACCGGUGCCUGUGUUACCUGUUCUGGAUUGGGCACUUACCUCCAAGUUCACCCCGACCUACUUGUCCCGGAUAAAACCAGAAGCAUCAUAGAAGGUGCAUUUGUGCGCCAAGCCUUCAAUUACGACCCCGACCGUUGGGACGGUCGGAUGAUGUACAACCUUGCACAGCACUACAAUUUCAGCCUUGACGCGCCCUUCAAAGACCUCCCCGACGAGGUUGUCGAUCUCGUAUUCUACGGAACGAGAGGAGAAAAGUUUAAGAUUGUCAUGCCGGAAGGUGCGAAGCAGGUAACCCACCAUCAUAUUGGAAGAGAGAUGCAGUUUGAUGGGAUUAUCAACCGGAUCGAUCGGCACUAUCGGCAUUACCGCAAGCGAGGGGAAGCACAUUCGGGGAUGGAGGAGUAUCUACGGAAGGUGAUGGUCGAACACACCUGUCCUGACUGUGAUGGCAGCAAGCUAAAGAGACAAAGGCUCCUUGUUACCAUCAAUGAUAAACAUAUCCAUGAAUUGGGUGAUAUACACUUUGAAGAAUUAAAGGUUUUUCUGGAGGGAAUCACGUCGAUCCCAGAGCAGAAAAGAGAAGCGGGAACACGGGUGAUUAAAGAGCUCACGACCCGGAUUGAACUCUUACUCGGCAUCGGUCUAGACUAUCUCAACCUCAACCGGCGGUCAGCCACGCUUUCGGGUGGGGAAUCGCAACGUAUUCGCCUCUCAACGCAGAUUGGUUCUGGCUUGAUGGGAAUGCUGUAUGUACUGGACGAACCGACGAUUGGACUUCACCCAAAAGAUAACAUUAAGAUGCUCAAAACACUGAGACAGCUGCGAGAUAUUGGGAACACUGUCAUUGUAGUCGAGCACGAUGAAACGACAAUCCGAGCCGCAGAUCACAUUAUUGAAUUGGGGCCCGGUCCUGGGAUUCACGGUGGAAAAAUAGUUGUAGAAGGACCUGCUGACAAAGCCUUGAAAAAUCCGGUGUCGCUAACCGGGCAGUACAUGAGUGGAGAGAAGCAGAUUGAAAUCCCGGAAGAUCGACGAGAAGCGAAUGGGGUUUCGAUUAUCAUCCGUGGGGCACGAGAGAACAAUCUGAGAAACAUUGAUGUGGAGAUUCCUUUAGGGCUUUUUAUCUGUAUCACAGGGGCAUCGGGAUCCGGCAAGAGUACGCUGAUUAAUGAAAUCCUCUAUAAGAAACUCUAUUCCAUCUUCCAUGAUAGUCGCGUCCUAUCUGGAAACCAUGAUAACAUUGAGGGGUAUGAAUAUAUCAGUGACGUAAUCAGCAUCGAUCAGUCCCCAAUCGGGCGUUCUCCGCGCUCCAAUCCGGCGACCUACAUCGGUUUCUACGAUAAUGUCCGAAAGCUCUUUGCAAGCACUCCGGAAUCAGAAGCGCGCGGUCUAUACGCUUCCCGAUUCAGCUUUAAUGUCAAAGGUGGGCGAUGCGAGGAGUGUGGCGGUGAGGGUCAAAUCACGACCAAAUUGCACUUUAUGCCUGAUGUGGAAGUUCCUUGUCCCGCUUGCAAGGGGGCACGAUACAAUGACGAAACCCUUGAGGUUACAUAUAACGGGAAAAAUAUUGCGGAAGUGUUGAAGAUGUCGAUCGAGGAAGGCGUUGAGUUCUUUGCGAAUCAGCGGCUCAUCCAUCAUAAACUGAGCGUCCUCAACGAUUUAGGACUGGGUUAUUUACAGAUAGGACACCCGGCACCAAUUCUUUCAGGCGGGGAGGCGCAACGGGUAAAGCUGGCAAAUGAACUCGGCAAAAUCAAGCGGGGCAAGCAUAACUUGUACAUCCUCGAUGAACCCACCACCGGAUUGCACCUCGCUGAUAUUCAGAAGCUGUUAGAUAGCCUGAACCAGCUAGUUGAUUCGGGGCAUACCGUGCUGGUGAUUGAACACCAUCUCGAUGUGAUUAAGACCGCAGACCAUAUCAUUGAUCUCGGUCCAGAAGGUGGGCAUCGCGGUGGAGAGAUUCUCGCGGAAGGAGUGCCCGAAGCGGUCGCCCAAAACCCCAAUUCCUAUACCGGACAAUUCCUCAAGCCAUACCUUUCCCCAUAA